UAGUUCCAAACUUGUCACUCAGUUUGGUUUAAAGAUGGCGGCAGUUUCUGAUCUUCCGUCGACGAAAAGAGAGUUGAUAAAACAGACCCCUCCUAAACCGUUUCUCAUUGGAGUUGCUGGUGGAUCAGCUUCUGGAAAGUCAACAGUAUGUGCCAAGAUAAUGGAACAACUUGGCCAGGAUGCAGUGGAAUCCAGAAGAGUUGUUAUCAUCAGCCAGGAGAGUUUCUACAGAGAACUUUCUGAGGAGGAAGCUGAGGAAGCUAAAGUGGGAAACUUCAACUUUGAUCACCCAGAUGCGUUUGACUUUGAGAUGACACUUGAUACUUUAAAGAGAGCAAAAGCUGGUGAAACUGUUGAGAUACCCCUCUAUGACUCUGUCAAUGCCACAAGAUUAAAAGAAUCGGUCACAAUAUACCCUGCUGAUGUGAUAUUAUUUGAAGGAAUCUUAACAAUCUACUUCAAAGAAAUGCGUGACAUGCUUGAUAUGAAGCUAUUUGUUGAUUCAGACAGUGAUACUAGACUAUCAAGAAGAGUGUUAAGAGAUACUCAGGAACGAGGGAGAGAGCUGGAUCAAGUGCUAGCAACAUACACAAAUUUUGUAAAACCAGCAUUUGAAGAUUUUUGUCUUCCGACAAAAAAGUAUGCAGAUGUAAUAAUACCAAGAGGAUCAAAUAACACAGUGGCUAUUGGCCUCAUUGUUCAACACAUAAAAGACAUUCUGAAUGGAAACAAGAGCAGUCGAUCUGAGGAUAAUCGUGAGCUUGAUCGUCGUCAAAGAUGCCUCUCUGACUCAAGUAUGAAAUCAUCCAGACCUCACUGAUGACCUGAAUUUAUCCCAGACAUACCCUGCCUGGUGCUGAGUAUCUUUUUGUAGCAGUUUGCAGCAUUUAUGGGAUAGAUAAAAAAUUAGUUUGAAAAGCCACAUGUGAAGGCAGCCUUAAGAUGUGAAUUUCUAUGCGAGGAAAAAGCACAUUAAUUAACAUAAUUUUUGUUUUUUGUGUAAUGGAAGUGCCAAACAUGCAAGUUGAAUGAUGAAGUAUCUUCAGUUGCAAUGAAAUAACUAAAAGCUGAUUGAAAGUAUAUAACUGUGACUUAACACUCUUCUCUGGUUUUCAAAAGCUAAUUGUAACUUAAACUAAUCGUAUACAUAUUUUAAAAUUUUUAAGUAAAUCAAAAGCUAAUCUAAAUAGCUUGGAUAUACUAAUUUUUUUUAGAUUUUAUAUUUUAGUAAGCAUUAGUCAGAUUUUAAGGUGCUCUUUUGAUGGUAACAACCCAAUUUUUUCCACCUGACAGCCAAUAAUACCACGUAGCAAAAUCAGUUACUACAUGAAUUAAAGGCUGAUAGUUUCGAAAGAAACUGUUUGGGGCUGCGUCGGUGGGAGUAACAAAAUAAUUUGGAUAUAUC